UCAGUUUGAUUUGUGGUCACGUAUUAAGGUAUAUAGAUAGCUAGACUCGAGUGGUGGUUUUAUAUGCUCAUUUUAAACUGCAAAGUACAGUCUUGCUAAGUUCACGUUCUGUGACACGCGAAGCUAUCUAAAUUGAUGGCUGUCUGCGAUGUCGAUGAACAAGUCCAUGCAUCCCAGAAAUCGCUAUAGAGACAAACCGCCGGACUUUGCCUACCUGGCCUCCAAGUAUCCAGAAUUCCAACAACAUGUGCACACCAACCUGAGUGGACGAGCAGUAGUGAAUUUCAAAGAGCCCGAGGCGGUGCGAGCCCUGACCUGCACCCUCCUGAAGGAGGACUUUGGUUUGAGCAUUGAGAUCCCGCUGGAGCGCCUCAUCCCCACCGUCACUCUGCGCCUCAACUACAUCCACUGGGUGGAGGAUCUCAUCGACGGCCAGAAGCAACCACGUAGAGGCAUCGACAUUGGCACCGGUGCGUCUUGCAUCUACCCGUUACUGGGAGCCUCCAUGAAUGGCUGGUACUUUCUAGCGACUGAGGUGGAUGAUAUAUGCUUCGAGUACGCCACCAGGAAUGUGGAGCAGAACCGUUUGUCUGACCUUGUAAAAGUGGUCAAAGUUCCGCAGAAGACUCUGCUGAUGGACGCUUUGAAGGAAGAGACAGAACUUGUGUAUGACUUCUGCAUGUGCAACCCUCCUUUUUUUGCCAACCAGCUUGAAGCAAAGGGGGUCAAUUCGAGGAACGCGUGGCGGCCUCCUCCCAGCUCGGUGAACACAGGCGGGGUGACGGAAAUCAUGGCCGAGGGGGGCGAACUGGAGUUUGUUAAGAGGAUCAUUCACGACAGCCUGCAGCUCAAGAAACGCCUGCGGUGGUACAGUUGCAUGCUGGGGAAAAAAUGUAGCUUGGCCCCCCUCAAAGAGGAGCUGAGGAAGCAAGGGGUGCCCACAGUGACGCACACAGAGUUCUGCCAGGGGCGCACCAUGCGCUGGGCGCUGGCCUGGAGCUUCUACGAUGACGUCACCGUUCCGUCCCCCCCGAGUAACAAGCGUAAACUGGACAAAGUGCGGAAGCCGCUUUCUUUCACGCUCCCCCAGGUGGCCCUGAAGGAGCUCCAGGCGAAGGCCUCGCUUCUGGGCCGUCCCGUGGAGGCCGUCGCAACUCUGGUGGAGAAGACGCUCACGGAGCUGCGGGUGCUGCACAAGCGUGUUCCGUGCAGGGAGCAGGAGCAGAGCCUCCUCCUGACCGCAGUGGACAACACUUGGAUCCACGGGCGGCAGAAGCGACGCAAACAAACGCGCCAGCUGCGAGAGCUGCCGAGAGCGCAUCACGCCGCCUCCGCGCCGUCCCUCGCCCGAGACGACGACGACGACCGGCGGCUACCCGGAGAACCCGUUGGCAACGGCGACCCGGACGGCGAGGGCGCGAAGGUUGGGAACGCGGCAGGCGCAGCAGAACGGGAGCUCUCGGAAAAGGUUGCCGGCGAACGCGCGGAAACGUCGAUCGGGGGCCGCCCGAAGGGGGCACCGCAGAGCCCGCCGGGGUCGGCCGAACGCUUCCUGUUUAAGUGUCUGUUGAAUGUGCUGCGUGAGGAGAGCGACGCGGUGGUGGAGAUGCACUGGGUGGAAGGUCAGAAUAAAGACCUGAUGAAUCAGCUGUGCACCUUCCUGAGGAACUCGCUUUUAAAGGCGGUCGCCAAAUCCUGAACAAAACCCAGAAAAGUGCAUUUUCACGGAAAUCGAUAGUGUACAUUUUAUACGUUAGAUUUGCAAACGUGGAGAAUUAAAUGUGAAAUACCUGCUGCUUUUGGGGAUUUAAACAUGGUUGACCGUCCACUUUUUUUGCCUUCAAUAAUAAACCCCGAUCUGAUUUUAUGUAACUUUAUACAAACGUUAACCCUGCACCCAAAAGAUAUGACGUUUCUUCAAUGUGGUUGAUGUUUAUGGUGGUUCGCACAUCCCCCUCACAAUUCUCAGGCUUCUUCUUUUCCUUUCGGCUUGUCCCGUUAGGGGUCGCCACAGCGUGUCAUCUUAGACGAACGAAUAUUCGUUUGCCACAGUUUUACAAAAAAAAAAAAAAAAAAAAAAAAAAAAAAGCUGCAGUAGUUCCUCCGUCUUCCACAAGAGGGAGAUUUGUGUCACUGCGCUCGUCUGUAACGGUGAACCGUGACCGGGGUAAGGCCACUCUGUCCUCGAUCAUCUGAACGUAACGUGGGGCGUUGACGCUCAUUCUCAACUUUGCAUCUUGCACAACUUUGAUCCUUCUGAGGAAUAAUUCCCAUGAACUGUCUGUCUUUUGUUCUUGUUUAUUUGUUUGUUCUUCUCAGUACUCAAGAAUGUCGUACGAGGGCGGCACCGAAAUUCUUUGUGUUGUUACAUAUUUGGCUAUUAAAGCAAAACUCUGAUGACUGUUGUCGGCGCUUUUCUUCUCCUCCCGAAUUGUAAAAUCAUAUCUUUCCAAAUAUUGCGAGCCAUUCCCGUGUUUCCCCCGUGCAAGUAAAGUGUAAACGUGGCCACCUCUCGCUUCUU